AUGGAGCGCGUGACAGAUACCCAGGCAGAAAAGGCCGGGGAAUGCGGAGGCAGGAUUAUGCUUAGAAGCGAGACCGGAGCAGUUUGUCAUCCCACGUCCCCUUCCCAGCCUUUUUCUCUGGACCCUUACCUGGGUUCCCGUUUGGCCAUCUACACUGGACCUCCGCGUGGUGGCCAGCGGGGGCGCCCAGCCGCCAUCCAAGCCCAUAAGGACUUCUUGUCGGGCUCCUGCAACUUUGAGACCAACACCUGUGGUUAUGUGUCGGAUGCAGAUUUAAGCACCUGGAGCCUACACAGAGAUGGCCGUUUCAUCGCUGUGGAUGCCCCUUUAAAUGGCGACAAAGACUUGGACAUCGGGGUCGAUACCACAGGAGUGUUACUGAGUCCGGUUCUGGAGCAGAGUGAGUGGAGUUGCCUAAGGUUGGUCUACCAGAUUAGUGGUACAGGAAGCUUGCAAGUCCUACAACGCACAGACGGUCAGAGCUAUGACAGGCCGCUGUGGAGCAGCCAAAUGUCGUCAGACAGCUGGGUCAUUGCGAGCAUGGACCUGCAGAACAGCACGGAGACUACAAGGGUUGUUAUCGAAGGGAUACCUGGGAAGAUGGCUGGGAGCAGCGUGGCCAUUUUUGAGAUCCACAUUAGCCCCGGAUACUGCCUGGACUGCGACUUUGAGGAAUCUCACCUGUGCGGGUACAAUAACCAGUGGAAUGCUAAUGUCAACUGGUUUGUGGGUGGCGGUGGUGGAGGCCAGCUGUUUCACAACAACCUGCCAGAUGAUCACACGCACAACAACAAGACUGGGCACUUCAUGUAUGUGGACUCCAUCUACUCCAAAACUUUUAAAGAAGUGGCCAAACUGGUGUCGCCCAUGACCAUGGUGCCAAUGUCUGGCUGCCUGACGUUCCACUAUCAACGCAGUGAUGAGGGAGGGAACCUUUUCUCUGUUUACACCCGUGACCGACUAGGUCAGUACCAGGAGCUGUGGAGGGCUGAGCCUGAAACACAGAGUGAAUGGAGUGACAAACCUGGAGAGUGGGUACCUGUGCAAGUGGACCUGAAAGCUCCAUAUUCAGUGGAGGUGGUGUUCGAGGUGGCCUUCAAUAGCCCGAGAGGCGGGCAUGUUGCAGUUGAUGACAUUUCAUUUUCGCCUGAAUUCUGCAGCUCUGACACGGAGCCAACCUUUGAUGCCUCCAUUGCCAAUUGUGACUUUGAGUCAGAUUUGUGCCAGUACACACAGGACCAGUCGAUAGGAUCAUUGUGGAGGAGAGUUUCUGUAAAACCCAAUAUUUUUAGAAACGGGGACCACACAUCCGGAGUAGGGACUUUCUUAUUGGCUCACUCCCAGCUGAGCACACAGUCCAGCUACAUGAGUCACUUAGUCAGUCCGACACUGGCUGCGAACAUGAAAUACUGCCUACGAUUUUACUUCUCCAUGAGAGGAUUCAACCAGACAGACCAAGCCCUUGCAGUGUAUCUGCAAAAAGGCAGUCGCCAGGAGAAGAUCUGGACUCAGGGAGAGAAGUCAAGAGGGAUCUGGAUAGCAGCAGACGUCACCUUUCAGACAUCACAGCCUUCCAAGGUUGUUUUUGUCAGCACAUGCGGGAGUUUGUGGGACUGUGGCUCUGUGGCACUUGAUGACAUCACCAUGAGUCUGGGUGACUGUGAGUUGGCGACAGGAAUGUCCUCAUCCCUUCCCGGCUGCUGUGACUUUGCAACGGGCUUGUGCGGUUACACUCAGGACAAGCAGAAUGAUGCUGCUGACUGGGAGUUGAGGAGAGGACCCACCCCAACCUCAUAUACUGGACCCAGAGGAGAUCACACUAGUGGGAUGGGAUACUACCUAUACAUGGAAGCAUCUCCCAUGCUGCCCGGCCAAACCGUCCGCCUGCUGUCCCGCCCUCUUCGGAGCUCGAGGGGACCCCAGUGUCUUCGCUUCUACUAUCAUAUGUACGGCUCGAGUACGGGCCAGCUCAGUGUUCACCUACAAAAAGACGGAGGGGACGUUUUGUUGUGGCAAAGAAGCGGCGAGCAGAGCAUCGCGUGGCUGAGGGCCACGGUGGAGUACCAGAGCGAGAGCCAACAUCAGAUUGUGUUUGAAGCCACCAGAGGAUCAUCAGUCAGGAGUGACAUUGCCAUUGAUGACAUCAUGUUGGAGGGCGGGCCUUGUCCAGAGACUAAGGCCCCCGUGGCGACAUCCAACGAGAUCGAGUAG